GGGGGGAGGUAAGAAAGAACCGAGAUACACUGAGCCAGUGUAGCAGGAAUCGCCAGAGAUGCCGAGGGUCUUUCCAUGAAAGCGGAAACGCUCUCACGCACGCACGCACGUGCGGUGAAAGGCUUUUCAGAUAAACCCGCAUUUUUGAGUGACCUGAGAGAGGAGGAGAACCAUUUUUCCUUUGUCUCUGUCUGUCACAUGAGCAGUAAUGCCUGUUCUCUCACCUACCACAGGUCUGCAUGAGAUCCUAGCCCUCCUCACCUCCCAGCUGCAUCCAGAUGCUAAUCACAAAGAGGACAUGGUUUUCCUCAGGGAGGUCUUCAGUGAGAGGAGCCUCAGCUAUAUUAUGAAAAUCCAUGAGCGACUCAGGCAGUUUCAGCUCCAGAGCCCGACCCCAGUGCUCCACAGCGCAUCCUGCCUGGCAGAAGACGUCGCAGAGGAGCUACAGAUCGGACCACUGGAAGAAGAUGAAAGAGAGCUAUUAACACUUCUUACUGCUCCACAUGUGAAGGCAGUUCUAACAGUACAUGACACAGUGGCACAGAAAAACUUUGAGCCUGUGCUUCCCCCUCUACCGGAUGAUCUAGACGAUGAACUGGAGGAGGAAUCAGUAAAGAUUGUGCGUUUGGUUAAGAACAAGGAGCCUCUUGGUGCAACCAUCCGCAGGGAUGAAGUAACUGGGGCGGUAGUGGUUGCUAGGAUAAUGAGGGGAGGAGCUGCAGACCGUAGUGGUCUGGUACAUGUUGGAGAUGAGUUAAGGGAGGUCAAUGGAAAUCUCAUUAUACACAAACGUCCUGAGGAGAUCAGCCAGAUUCUGUCUCAGUCUCAGGGCUCGAUCACUCUGAAGAUAAUCCCUGCCAUUAAGGAGGAGGAUAGAUUCAAGGAGAGUAAGGUCUAUUUAAGAGCCCUGUUUGAUUACACACCAUUUGAAGACAAGGCCACACCUUGUCAGGAGGCAGGACUGCCUUUCACACGUAGGGAUAUCCUGCAGGUGGUGAGCCAAGACGACCCAACAUGGUGGCAGGCCAAAAGAGUGGGAGACAGCAACCUGCGUGCCGGCCUCAUUCCUUCAAGACAGUUCCAGGAGAGACGACUGUUGUAUAGGAUGAAAAUGGGAACACACCAGAGCCCUAAAUCACCUAGAGCAACACCAUGUGACCAAACUUGUGAAAAAGAGGACUGUGACAGUGAGGGCAGUGUCAGUGGACAGCACGUAGCUGGUCUAAGGAGAAGCUUCAGACUGAGCCGCAAGGAUCACCAGGGUUCAACCAAAGAGUCUCGUCCAGCAGAGUCUGAAGAGAAUGAGUUCCUCAUAUAUGAAGAGGUGACACUAUAUCAGAUGAGAGCCCAAGACAAACCAAGGCUUGUGGUGCUGAUAGGAUCUCUUGGUGCUCGGAUCAAUGAGUUGAAGCAGAAGGUGAUUGCUGAGAAUCCUCAUCGGUAUGGUGUCGCUGUGCCACACACAACAAGACCCAGAAAGAGCCAUGAAAAGGAAGGUGUAGAAUACCACUUCAUCUCCAAGCAGGCCUUUGAGGCUGACAUCCAAUCGAAUAAGUUUAUUGAAUAUGGUGAAUAUAAGAGUAACCAAUAUGGGACAAGUCUGGAGUCAAUCCGGAGUGUCCUGGCGAGAAAUAAAGUAUGUCUGGUAGAUGUUCAACCUGAGGCCCUGAAAAUUCUCCAUUCAGCAGAGUUUAAGCCCUAUGUGAUUUUUAUAAAGCCACGCAUCCCUGAGAUACAUCGGCAACGUAGCUCUCCCACAUCACCAGGAAGGGGUGACAACGGACACAUCACGGAUGAAGACCUGCAGGACAUGAGGCAAUCAGCCAAGCAGAUGGACCAGCAAUAUGGCCACCUAGUGGACAGGGUCCUGGUAAAGGAGGACUCUGCCAGUGCCUGUGUAGAGCUGAGGAAUAUUCUGGAACGACUUGAGAGGGAGCCGCAGUGGGUGCCUGUCAGCUGGGUCCGAACUUGAUCCUCCCUCCUUCCUUAAAUUCAAACAAUCACAUAUGGUGUAAUGAAAACAUAGACCUCUCUGCCUCUUUCUGAGUCUGCUAUCUGCCAGUUUCUGUUUCAUCCUGUUCGACUGAAGUAAUACAAAGCAAAAUACAAGUGCCGUCUGAAUUGUUGAAUCUGAGGUCUGUUGUACUGCGUAGUGGUGAAGAUCUCUGUUCAUAAAAUUUUGCAUGGAAGUAGCAUUGAUAAGAAAUGAAUCACUGAUAGCUGAAAGAAUUUGUUUUCUGUGGGAAAAAAUGGUUGUCCUUAUUUCUGUUGAGUGAGCUGCACAAAUGAACAUCAAAUGAGGACAGGACCACUUGAAUGAGAGGACAACACUGACUCAGGUUUACUCACUGUGUCAAAGCUGGUUUCUUCCAGGCAAACAAUCUAGUGUGAAAGUCUUUGGUUUUGUUAUCUUCAACUUAUGCUGGCUGUGUAUAUUUAGUCAAAUGUAAAUGGGAAUGAUGUAAAAUAUCAUACUGUAUAUUUGCAAACAAUUUCAGUGUUUACACUUGUGUAAAAUAAAAUUUCGUAUUUGGUCACACAUAAAUUAGUUGUAAUUGUCAAUGUUUUAGUGUCAAACCGAUGACUGUAUGAUGUCUGUGUAGUUUAUUAGACAAAUUCUACAUUAUAGUCAAAGAGCAUAAAGCAUGUUAACAUCUUUA